AUGUUGUCCGAUGUUCUGCGUCAAAUGCUCGGCUGGGUCUGGCUCUCUACGCCAGAGUCUGAACCCAUCCCCACCUUGCCUGCCCUCUUCGACGGUCGCAAGAACGACAUACACCCCCCUCGUCUCCAUCUCCGUUGGCGGCUCCAUGAACUCAUGAACAGGUUCAUCGACCACAGUAUCUCGGUAGACGAUGUGCAUUCUCCCGCAGAGUCGCUGUUCGAGUCUUGCGUCGUCACUCAGCUCGACCAUUUCGUGGACGCCAACGAGGGCGACCCCCGCGAGUACGUUGUCAUCCACGUCGCUCUUCCCCCCGCUGCUGCCCUCGCCGACGCACCCCCCGCGCCCGAACUGGCCGCCUCGCCCCCUAUCGGCUCUAUCAAGUUCGAGUGCUGCUGGAGCACCUACACCCCCCUCGAGGUCUGGAACAAAUGCUCUACCCACAGCGAGGGAUACCGGCACUCGUGGUCUCACGCGCACGACACCGUCUACGUCGCCGCGCCCGGCGACACCGGUUCGCUGGCGUUCCGCCACCCGACGCGCCUGCGCUCCUGCCGCGGCACCUCCAUCCCGCUCCCCCGCGCCCUCGUGGCGGCGUGCGCGCUGCGCAGGCUUCACUUGAAGUGCUGCGAGGACACGUACGCGCACGCGUGGUUCGCGCGCGCGCUGUGGCAGCGGCUCGUGCCCCCCGGCUCCGCGGACGUUGCAGUGGGGGAUCCGCCUGCGCCGCCCCGCGGCUGGCUCGCGGACUACGCGUACGGUCUCUGGGGGCUGCUCGCGCCCCUCAAGGCAGGCCGCACCGCCGUGCCGCCGCAGUUCGAGGACGUGCUGGACAGCGGGGAGGUGGAGGCGUGCCGGGAGGUUGAGGACAGGGUGCUCCUCGAGUUCGCGGGCGCGCGGGCGAACAUCGCCGGGUGUCUUUCCACGGAGGGCGAGUGGAUAUCGCCCGAGGAUCAGGCUGAGACGGUUGGAGAACUCGGGGACACGGUGGACGCGGCCGUUUGGCCGUGGCUGGGCUACGACCACAGGGCGGUGAACCCAGGGGAGAGGGAGCAGAAGAAAAGAAUGCGCGAGCUCAAGGCGAUCAUCGUGGACAUGAAGGAGCACGAGCCAGACGAAUACGCGCGCAUAAAAGAGCUUAACCCGGGCACGUUCGUCUCGUGA